UUUUAGUAACGACGACUCCCUAUUUGUGUGACGAGUAUUUUCAAUUUUUAUAGAGUGGUAUAGUGUUUUUAAUAACUUUGUAUAACUUUUAUUGAUAAUAAACGUGACCAAGUGUUUUAUACGUAUUGUGUCGAGAUGGCGUCAGAAAAGGGAAGCAGAAAAGACAAAAACCAAAACAUCCAAGUGUUCGUUAGAUUGAGACCGCUAAACCAGCGAGAGAAAGACAUCAGGUCACUCGGAGUUGUAGAAGUGGUAAAUGGUCGUGAAGUGACCGUCCGCCAGUCCAACCAGAGCGCUCACACUAAGAAGUUCACAUUUGACCGAGCUUUCCCACCACAUAGCAAACAGGUGGAAGUAUACCAAGAGGUGGUGAGCCCACUCAUUGAGGAGGUUCUAGCGGGUUACAAUUGCACCGUGUUCGCAUACGGGCAGACUGGCACGGGCAAGACGCAUACUAUGGUGGGGGAGGCCUCGUCUAAUGAAGUGUCUUGGCAGAAUGAUCCACAAGCUGGUAUAAUCCCCCGAGCGCUCAGUCAACUAUUUGACGAACUACGUCUAACAAACACAGAGUAUACUGUCCGUGUGUCCUACUUAGAACUGUAUAAUGAGGAACUAUUCGAUCUGCUAUCCACUUCUGAAGAUAACUCUAAACUAAGGAUAUAUGAAGAUGUGACUCGCAAGGGAUCUAAUAUUGUGAAUGGAUUGGAAGAGAUUACAGUAUACAACAAAAAUGAAGUCUACAAGAUAAUGGCCCAGGGGCAGGAGAGAAAAAAAGUUGCGUCCACUCUCAUGAAUGCACAGUCGAGUCGCUCACACACAGUAUUCACAAUAGUAGUGCACAUGAAGGAGAACAGUCCGGAGGGUGAAGAGCUACUAAAGAUCGGUAAACUGAACCUGGUCGAUCUAGCCGGUUCGGAGAACAUCAGUAAGGCGGGCUCAGACAACCCCGCUAAGAAGGAGAGGGCAAGGGAGUGUGUGAACAUCAAUCAGUCGCUGUUGACUCUCGGCAGGGUGAUCACGGCUCUUGUGGAACGGCACCCACAUAUACCUUACAGAGAAUCAAAACUAACCCGUAUCUUACAAGAGUCGCUAGGUGGUCGAACGAAAACCUCCAUCAUAGCAACCAUUUCCCCCGGACACAAGGAUCUAGAGGAAACUAUGAGUACUCUGGAAUACGCGAACAGGGCUAAGAAUAUACAGAAUAAGCCAGAAGUGAAUCAGAAGAUGACCAAGAAAGCGAUGCUCAAGGAAUUUGUGGAAGAGAUAGAUAGGUUGAAACGGGAUUUGCAAGCUGCUAGGGAUAAAAAUGGUGUGUAUCUCGCAAGUGAUACAUAUGCAGAAAUCACAUUCAAACAAGAGGAACAGAGGAAAGAGAUUCAAGAACUUCUCCUUAAGAAGAGAGCUCUUGAAGAAGAAAAGGAAAGAUUGGAGAAGGUAUUUGGUGAUCUAAAUGGAGCUCUUCAAGCUGAGAGACAGCGCUGUGCUGAGACAUUCAAUCAACUAUGUGGAGUCGAAGAUAGAUUGGCGAAUACGCGAUAUCAACUGCAAGAAACACAGCAACACGCGGAAGAGCAGCGAUACAUUGUGCAGAAACAGGAGGAAACGGAGCAAGUGUUGUCGAACCAGGCUAAACAGUUGUUGCAAGUUGCUGAUCUAGCGACCAACGAUGCUACUUGCUUGCACAAUGUUGUUGAUAAACGCAAGUCCGUAGAAUCGUCGAACUUGGAAAUAACUCGCGCAUACCGCACAUCGUCUAGUACACACCGCACAUCGAUAUCGCACCGUACUGCAACACACAGACAACAUGUGGAACGACACACACAUCGACUGGUGGCGUUGGGAGAACAAUACACAGAGGAGAAUAUACAGACUUUAAUGCAGAACAAACAGAAGUUUAACGAAUUGAUACAUAUGGCGAAGGAAACUUUGGAAAAGCUAUCAUCCCUCCCCAUAGAAUUACACUCCACAAUAUCGUCACACGCAUCGACGAACAGACAACAAGUGCACACAACGCUAACUACACAAAUGGAGCAAGUGAACAACGUAGUACAGAAUGUUGCGAAGUGUUUGUCUGUAUGUCUGCAACGAGCUACGGAAACUGAUGUGUGCAGCGAUCUCGAUAAGUUCUUGCAGUAUUGGCACAGUGACACGACAAGCCGUAUAACAUCAGUGUCCCAGCUUCAUUCCCGGUGGGCGCUGGAGUUCAAAGAGUUGUUCGAGCAACACGAAACAUUCACGCAACAAAUGAUGGACCAAUUGCAACACAAGAGAGCAAUCUUCGAUGAACGACUGCAAGAGAGACUCGCUAUUUUCACAGCGGACAAGCAAGCGACGGAACAACGUAUAACCGAGCAAUUGUGUCAUUUGGAACAAGACAAAAUACAACAGGAGAAACUCGAGGACCAAUUAUUAAAAUACAUUCAAGAGCAGAGGAAAUGUCAACAAGAGAGACACGAGAGGAGAAUGCAAGAGAUAAACAGAGAUAGAGAGUUCGAGAAGAGAAUCAACGAGCACAUAGAGUGGUUGAAUAAUGUAAGAGAGAGUAGUGCGAGAGAGACGCAAGAUAUCGUGAGCCGGUUGGAAACGAGUGGGAAAGAGAUGGAUAGACACAAGCGGGUUGUGGACGCUUUGUACGUGGAUUGUGGGAAAGGCAAUACAUCAGUGUCCAACGCUUGCAAUGAACUGGGAGGGAACGCUUUGGAAAUUGUUCGACAUGUGAAGAAAGAAUUGGUCACAUCGCUGCAAGAUACACAGGGAUAUGUACAGAAAGAAACAACAAAAGCAAUGGAGACGAACAAAGAGAAGAUGUUGGAAUUGACUUCACAAGUGGACAAUUGUAUGGACUCGCUGGCUCUCAACUGUCAGCAGGCUGUCAUCAGUCUGGCGCAAGAGAUGAAGAACUCAGCAUCGCACACAAUGUCAGAGAUUUCGUUACUCAAGCCGCAAGUGGACGCGAUAAUAACAAACACAAGAGAACAACAAGUAAAACAAACGGAAAUACUGAAAGAUCUCAACAGUGAAACGGAACAUUUGACCGACUGCGUAAAUGAGGAGAUUGGAAAUUUGGAACAGUUGGAGAGCAAGUGUCUUAAUGAACAAUAUGUUGUUUAUUCGCCUACUGGACAAACGCCAGCCCGCAGACAGUACAAUUUCCCCAGGAACUUGGCGGCCACUUCCCCACACGAGCGGAUCAUAGCUCGCUUCAGGGCCAUGAGGGAACAGAAUGAAGAUAGUGCAUCAGAUAUAACGGACAAAACGAACGAGUCAGAGGACUCUGCGGUGGAGCCUUCACCGAAAGCGCCUGAAGUUGAUAUUGACGGAGAACAAAGGAGACACCAAGAUCAAUGCAAGGAAAACAGCAUUAUAAAUAGAUCGUCAUCAUUCAAGAAACCUUCGAAAUUACCCUCAUUUUCUGCGAAAAAACCCCUCGCUGAAAGAAACUGACGAAAACUUGUUGACUGUAAAAACUAUUUUAAAUAGAAAUGUAUGAAAAAUAGUUCUGGUGUUUUGUUACAAUCUUGAAUUUAAAAGUAACCUUAUAAUUAUGAUUUUUAUAUUAAUUUAAAAAUGGGACUGAAAUUUCUUUGAAGUGAUAUAAAAAGUAAAAAUUGACACAACAUCUAGGCUCAAAGCAAAAGUAAUUAAAAAAUAUUUUUAUUACGUAAAUUGAACCAACUUCAUGAAUUACAAUAUUAAUAGCUGUAAUUACUAAAUUUAAUUAUUAUUAUAUAUUUUAGAUUAAUUUUCUAUAUAUUUAAGUGCUUAUGUAUAUUUAAAAAUUAAUAAAAAUAUAUUAGAAGGAAAUAUGGUUCUUGUUUCUAAAAACAUGGUUAUUUGAGUUCGGUAAGUAUAUUUUCAGGAAUUCUUUUAAUAUUAUAACU